GAGUGUGCGUAUUGUUGCACAUAUUCGCCCAAUGAAAAGUAUAUUGUUUAUACCGGUACUUCUGUUGAUUUGUCUACAAGUUUCCCUUAUUUUCGCCAAUAAGAAAAUGCUGGCGGCAAUUGUGAAGCCUGGUUUAUUUCGGCAUAUAAUGUGCCGCAACAAUGUGUAUCCACGCAGCAGUGUUCAGCGCUUUCCGGUGCCGGACGCUGUUGUGUUUUGGACAGUUAACUAUGAGGAGUACUGCCCGCCCUGCUACACCGCCCCGCACAUCGGAGGCCAGAGCUGGGCGGAUGCGCCGUUGCCAAAUGAGGCGAAUGUGCCGCACUGGAACCACAAUGACGGUCUGGUUAAUCGCGUUUCCUUCCAUGGUGAAUAUCAGAUUAAAGAUGGCCUGCCGCAAAAUCCAAUUGGACGCACUGGACUCUGUGGCCGCGGCUUGUUGGGACGCUGGGGUCCCAAUCAUGCGGCGGAUCCAAUAGUCACGCGCUGGAAACGGAAUGAAAAGGGUGAAAUUGUGCGCCACAAAGAUAGCGGCAAAAACAUUCUUCAGAUGGUGGCCAUACAGCGCUCGGACAACAAACUGUGGGCAAUUCCUGGCGGCAUGGUUGAUCCCGGCGAGAACGUAAGCGUCACAUUGAAACGCGAAUUUACCGAGGAGGCGCUCAAUUUCGACGACAAGGGCCACAUGGUGGAGGAGUUCUUCAAGCAGGGCGGCGUGCAUGUGUACAGCGGCUACGUGGACGAUUUUCGUAACACGGACAAUGCCUGGAUGGAGACAACAGCUCUCAACUUCCAUGAUGAAGACGGCACCAAGGUUGGUCAGCUGCAGCUGGAGGCCGGCGAUGACGCCACAAAUGUGCGCUGGACCGAUGUCAAUGCGAAUCUCAAAUUGCACGCCAAUCACGCCGAUAUUGUCGGCGAGGUGGUUGCCAAGCGGAAUGCGCAUUGGUAGCAACGGUUAACAUAACUAAUACCAGGUACUUAUAUAUAAUAAUAGAUAUUAAUAAGUUUUUACAACUGAAGAAGUAGCAUUUUUCUGCCUUUGGGUCUCGUCACGAAAGAGAAGCUAAUUCCAUUAGGUGUGCACAUUCUAGCCGAGUUGAUAUCUCGGCCAACUAUGUCAGAUAACUCCCCUUUAAAGAUUUGGUCAGAUUUAAAGAUAAUCCACCAUCCACCUAGAUAUAUGUAGCGAGUCUUAACUAUCUAGCACCACCAGGAAUAAUUAUUAUUAAAUGCUUUCACUGUUGUGUUAGUGUUUAUUUUUCGUAUAUUUAUUUCAGACUAUUCGCUAUUCAUACAUUCACGUUUUUGCGCAAUAACAAGUUAAGACAAUUGUCCUUUUCGCUAGGAAACCAUUUAAAAUAUAUAUAUUAAUUUCUUUUUCUGAGUGCAUUGGAAUUCAUCAAGCUUUGCUUGCGCUUUGUCGCCCGCAAGCAUCUCCAUUCUUUUAAAAAACAAA